AUGGAUACUGAAAUUGUUAAUGGCAAUGACAGCACUGAAAAGAAGGCUGAGGAAAUGGAGAGUAGUGAAUCAAAAGAUGUUACAGAUGUGCCAAAAGACGAGGUCAAUGUUAAAGAUAACGGUCCCGUCGCUAAAGAAACUUCCCCUGCUAUAAUUACCGAAAUAGAAGAAAUUACUAAUGAGAAGGAAUCUUUGGCGGAUGUAGCUGAAAUAAUUGAAGGUUUAGAACCUGUUGUUGAAGAACCUACCGCUGUCGUUGAGAUGGAAAAUCUACAAAACGCAGGGGAGGAAUUGGAAAAAGAAUGCGAUGAAAUUUUGUCUAAAAUGAACGAGGUUGCAAAUUUGGAAAAUAUACAGGUUAAGCCUAUGCUGAAACCGAUUAUGGAAGAGCCCAUGGAAGUUGAAUGUGUUGAUAAGGUUUCAGAAACUGAGGUAUCUACAGAAAAUGACAAAGUAUCUGAUGCAAACAAGGAGAUAACGCAAGACUUAAACAAUGGUAAUGCCGAAACCGAGGUUAAGUGCGAAUCAAAUUCAGUGAAAGACAGUAUUAUAAAGGAAGAAGUUCCUGUGGCAGAAAAAACUAAUGGAGAUGUAGAAAAGACGGAUACUGUUGCUGCAGAGGCAGUUACUGAUGCACAGAAUAAAGAUGAAGUGACGACAAAAGAAGGUGAAAAAAGUACAAAUGAAGCUUCAUUGGAAAAUAAAGAAACACAAAAUUCAGAGGCUCAGAAGGAAACUGAAAGUAUCGAAGGCCAAAAUUCAGCGGACGCCGCGAAAGAACCUACUCAAGCUCAAUCACCAGCCGAAUCAUGUGAUGCUAAAGAAACGAAAGCAGAUGCUGAUAAACCUGAAGCACAGUUAAAUGGUGAAGCAAUGAACGGCAAACCAGAAACAGUCAGUCAAAAUGGCGUCGACAAAGAUGUUAAUGAGAGAUUAACUGUUGAAAACGGCAAAGAGCUGAAUGGUGCAAAUGGAACUAACGAGGAGAAGGGUGAAGGUGACUGUAAAGUUGAAGAAGUGUCUGACAUUAAAGUGAAAACGCUCGCGGUUGAGGAACCACGCCCUGAUCCCAUAGAGCAGGCGACGGAAGCAUAA